AUGGUCAGGCUCAAUAUAUUAUAUAUUAUCGUUCUACUAAUUUUAUAUCAUGUAAAGACCGUAUCUUCGUUAACAUUGGAUCUAAGGGACAUUGACACAUCAAAAUUUGAUGUAUCAAGCGUUGUUGAAAAUGGAGUAACUAAAACAACAAUAUUAACAAAAAGACAUAUUCCAAUAGAUGAACUCUAUUUCGCGGGUGAAAUGAUUUGGAAGGGUCGCCCUGGCGAAUCAGUUAAUUCUAUUACACAUUAUUCAUUCGAAAAUCAUCAUAAAAUGUUGUUGUAUAUUGAAGUUGACAAUUCAGCAUUUGAAGAUAUAUUAUAUUUUUACACACGCAGAGGAAUUUACCUUGAUAUUACUGAGGAGGAAUUUUGGAAAUUAUAUAUGGAAAUUACAAAAGAUCAGCAAGUCUUUUCGCCUGAUACUAGUGAGCCUACAAUAUCAACAGACAUUAACUAUGAGCAUACAGAAGUAGAAAAACUCGAACCUGAUACUGAAUCACAGUAUACGCCACAAAAAAAUACGAUCAAAUCUGAAUUUAAUGAGGAUUUAGGCCCUAAAAUUAUUAAAGCGGAAGUAGGAUCAGAUGGAGAAGAUGACGAAACUGAGUUAUAACAACUUGAAAAGAAGAUCAAAUUUGAGGAAUUUGAAUUUGAUUUUGAACCUACUGAAUGUAAUCUAAUCGACUAUAUAUUAUCAAGUCAAGUAGACGAAGAAAUAGAAGCUGUUGUUAUUAAAAAUGAAGAAUCGAGUGAAUCAUCUGAUGAAUAUUAAUAAGUGGUUAAGGUGAAACAGGCAAUAGAAUUGUUCAAUCAAUUACAGAAACAAAUCAUCGAAUAAACUAAAAUCAAGCGGAAUUAAGAAUAAAACCUAGGAGAAAAUAACAAUAAACUGAAGAAAUCGUAAAAUGCGAGACUGUAAUAGAUUUAAUACUUAUGUUAGAUGGCUUAAAAAAAAUUGGAUCUAUAAAAGAUAAACAAGUGACGAUCUACAAAAUAUUAGUAAUAAUUGGAUCUAUAAAAGGUAAGGAGAAGAGAAGUAAUAAAAUGAUAAAAUAAGGUAACGGCG